CGGCCAAUCAGAGUGUCAGCUGCGAGCCCAACGAGGGGCCCGGCAGGAGGAGGCAGAGAAGAGAUCCGGGGAGUACCGAUCAUCGACCAUGACCGAGCCGGAGCUCCUCCUGGAUUCCAACAUCCGAUUGUGGGUGGUGCUGCCCAUCGUCAUCAUCACCUUCUUCGUGGGGAUGAUCCGCCAUUACGUCUCCAUCCUCCUCCAGAGCGACAAGAAACUAACGCAGGAGCAAGUGUCUGACAGUCAGGUUCUGAUCCGCAGCAGAGUCCUCAGAGAAAAUGGAAAAUACAUUUCGAAGCAGUCCUUCCUCACAAGGAAAUUCUUCUUCAACAAUGCAGAGGAUGGCUUCUUCAAGAAGACCAAGAGGAAGGUGGUGCCACCCUCUCCCAUGACAGAUCCCACCAUGCUGACAGACAUGAUGAAGGGGAACGUCACCAAUGUGCUGCCCAUGAUCCUCAUCGGUGGAUGGAUCAACAUGACCUUCUCUGGGUUUGUGACAACGAAGGUCCCGUUUCCACUGACUCUUCGCUUCAAACCGAUGCUGCAGCAGGGAAUCGAACUGCUUUCUCUGGACGCCUCGUGGGUGAGCUCCGCCUCCUGGUACUUCCUCAAUGUCUUUGGCUUAAGAAGCAUCUACUCUCUGAUCCUUGGGCAGGAUAACGCCGCUGACCAAUCCCGCGUCAUGCAGGAACAGAUGACCGGAGCUGCCAUGGCGAUGCCGGCCGACACCAACAAAGCUUUUAAGACGGAGUGGGAAGCUCUGGAGCUGACGGAUCAUCAGUGGGCGUUGGACGACCUGGAAGAAGAACUGAUGGGGGGCGACCUCAACUUCGAGGGGCUGUUCAAGCGAGAGCUGCAGACGGCCAUGUUCUGAGACUUGAUGCACUCCUGGAGUUCACAUCCCUCCGCUCUUUUCUCCUCCCCCCGCCCUCAGAUCUUGUGCUCCGUAGCUGAUCGCAGUGACUUUUAAACUAGAACUCCAGCUAUAGAGUGGAGGAGGGUUAGCACCUCUGCCAGGUGAUAUAUUUGGUAAGGAUUUCCCCCCACUUCCUGUCGCGUCACAAUGACCAGAAAUCCAGCUGGGACAGUAAUAGACAAUGAGGGGGGGGGGAAGCUUUGCCAGCUUUUUAUUGUUGUCUCUUUCCCUUCACUUCCUGUUUUGGUGACACCUGGUCAUGCUGUGAUACAUGGGACAGGAAGUGGGGGGCACCCUCACAAUGGAGACCAGACAGGGGUGAAGACCUGGAAAGACGUCUAGCUUUUACCUCACCAAAAGAAGAGCUUGAAGGGGGAGGAGAACAUACCCCCCCCCCCUCUGCAACCUUCUCUCCAACAUAGGACCCCCUCCAUUUUACCCUGAACCCCCCACAUCCAUAUUACCUUCAAGGGAAUGUGGUGCUGGAAGAGGGAGAAGAACCCUCCUCUCUGCAACCUGCACCCCUCCCUCCAACCUAGGACCCCUCUAUGCAACCUGCACCCCUACAUUUUAUAUUACAUCCAGGUAUGUAACGCUUCAACACCACGAAGGUCUACACACAACUGUCACCUCCACCCUGGUCAUGGUUGUAACUCUCCAGCUGUUGCGGAACUACAAAUCCCAUGAGGCAUUGUAAAAUUCUGACAUUCACAGACAUGACUGGGCAUGAUGGGAAUUGUAGUUCCUAAACACCUGGAAGGCCGUAGUUUGAAAACCCCUGCUCUAGACCCUGGUAGAGAAAUGAGGUCACUAUUUUGGUGCAUAAGUCCAGAGGGUUACCAUCCAAGGAUGUUCCAUCUCUCCACCACUAACAAAGCUGCAGCUUAUCCCACCACCAGUGCCUCUUCAUAGGUCCCGCUUAUGUCUGUAGACAGAGAUGCCAUUAAAGAGGAAGUAAACCCUCUAAA